AUGAAGGGUUUUAAACAGUUACGGGACCUGAAACAACAUGAGAGAAUACAUACAGGAGAAAAGCCUUACCACUGCGCCCAGUGUGGAAAGAAUUUUAACCACAAAGGAUACCUGAAACAACACGAGAGAAUACACACAGGGGAGAAGCCUUACCACUGCUCCCAGUGUGGAAAGAGCUAUAACCAGAGAGGAUACCUGAAAAAACAUGAGAGAAUACACACAGGGAGUUUUAACCAGAAAGGACACCUGAUCCAACAUGAGAGAAUACACCCAGCUGUGAAGCCAUACCACUGCUCACAGUGUGCAAAGAGUUUUACAAGGUUAGGGGGCCUGAAGAUUCAUGAGACAAUACAUACAGGAGAAAAGCCGUACCACUUCUCCCAGUGUGGAAAGGGUUGUAACCACUUAAGUGGCUUGAAAAGACAUGAGAGAAUACACACAGGGGAGAAGCCUUACUACUGCUCCCAGUGUGGAAAAAGUUUUACCCAGUUAUGUAACCUGAAAACACAUGAGAGAAUACACACAGGGGAGAAGCCUUACCAUUGCUCCCAGUGUGAAAAGAGUUUUAAGGAGUUAGGUAACCUGAGAAGACAUGAGAUUAACCACACAGGAGGUAAGGAUGUAGGCUAUAACACAGUGUCUUUGGCAGGAGAAAGACCAGACUCGGAGGAACCAAAGCCAGGGACGUCCAAACCAAAAAUACAUACAAGGGAUAAGCCUUACCACUGCUCCCAGUGUGGAAAGAGUUUUAAGCUUUUAGGAACCCUUAAAGCUCAUGAGAGAAUACACACAGGGGAUAAAAUACACACAAUGGAGAAGCCUUACCACUGCUCCCAGUGUGGGAAGUGUUUCAAACAGCCAGGGCAUCUGAAACGGCAUGAGAGAAUACACACAGGGGAGAAGCCUUACCACUGCUCCCAGUGUGGAAAGUGUUUCAACCAGUCAGGGGAGCUGAAACAACAUGAGAGAAUACACACAGGGGAGAAGCCUUACCACUGCUCCCAGUGUGGGAAGUGUUUCAAACAACUAGGGCAUCUGAAACGGCAUGAGAUAAUACACACAGGGGAGAAGCCUUACCACUGCUCCCAGUGUGGAAAGUGUUUUAGCCAGUCAGGGGAGCUGAAACGGCACGAGAGAAUACACACAGGGGAGAAGCCUUACCACUGCUCCCAGUGUGGAAAGUGUUUUAGCCAGUCAGGGGAGCUGAAACAACAUGAGAGAAUACACACAGGGGAGAAGCCUUACCACUGCUCCCAGUGUGGAAAGUGGUUCAGCCAGUCAUGGGAGCUGAAACGGCACGAGAGAAUACACACAGGGGAGAAGCCUUACCACUGCUCCCAGUGUGGAAAGUGUUUCAAGCAGUCAGGGGAGCUGAAACAACAUGAGAUAAUACACACAGGGGAGAAGCCUUACCACUGCUCCCAGUGUGGACAGUAUUUCAAGCAGUCAAGGGAGCUGAAACAACAUGAGAGAAUACACACAGGGGAUAAGCCUUACCACUCAUCCCAGGGUGCAAAGCUUUUGCCCAUUUAGGAAGCCUGAAAGAACACAUUAGACUGCACACAGAGCGGAGAAUGCUUACAGAAGCCCAGACUGUGGGAAAACAUAUUACUCAUAACAGUCACUUAAACGUCAUUAGAUAAUCCACACAGGAGAGAGAAAUUACUUCUCUUAGCGUGUAUAUUGAUAUUUCACAUCACAUUGACUUAAAAUUCCUCAGAGAACAUACGCAGUGCUCCUGUUGUAUUAUUGUUGACUGAUAAUGUUUUUACCUGUUUUCACCAUAUGAAAUUGUUUCUUCCAAUUAUUGAUAAUACCUGUUAAGAAACUGAUUGUUAGAACUGUUAAGGCUCCAUGAUGAGGAAUUUAAAAACUGUAUGGUCAUUGGCAAAAAUAGAAAAGAGUAGAGGGCCUGGAAAGAGUUUUAACCAGAAAGGACACCCAAUCCAACACCUGAAAAUACACACAGGGGUGAAGCCUUACCACUGCUCCCAGUGUGGAAAGGGUUGUAACCAGUUAAGGGACCUGAAAACACAUGAAAGAAUACACAUAGGGGAGAUGUCCUACCAUUGCUCCCAGUUUGGAAAGCGGUUUACAAUGUUAGGGACUCUGAGAAUACAUGAGAGAAUACCUACAGGAGAAAAGCUGUACCACUGUUACCAGUGUGGAAAGAGUUUUUCCCACUUAUGUCAACUGAAAACACAUAAGUGAAUACACACAGUCGAGAAGCCUUACCAUUGCUCCCAGUGUUCAAAGCAUUUUAACAAAUUAGGAAGCCUUAAAAAACACACAAGACUGCACACAGAGGAGAAGGCUUACAAAAUGCUCAGAAUGGGAAAACAUAUUACUCAUCACAGUCACUUAAACAUCAUGAGAGAAUCCACGCAGAAGAGAAGAAUUACUUGUAUAUUGAUAUUUCACAUCACAUUGACUUAAAAUUCAUCAGAGAACAUACACAGUGCUCCCAUUGUCUUAUAUUGUUGACUGAUAAUGUGUUUACUUGUUUUUACCAUAUGAAAUUAAAUGGUACAAGGUAUACU